UGCUCUAUCCAGCAUAUUAUUCAUACAAAGCUGUGAAGACAAAAAAUGUGAAGGAAUAUAUGAAGUGCUGGGUGAUACCUCUCUCAACAUCAGGCUCAUUUUACCCAUAAAGCAUUCCAGAGCCAGUUCUGGAAAUUGAAUCCAGGGCCCCAUUCGUGGUAGGUUCGCUGGAUGAUGUACUGGAUUGUGUUUGCCCUCUACACUGUGAUUGAAACAGUAGCAGAUCAGACAGUUGCUUGGUUCCCCCUGUAUUAUGAGCUGAAGGUUGCCUUUGUCAUAUGGUUACUGUCCCCCUACACCAGAGGAGCAAGUCUAAUAUACAGGAAGUUCCUGCAUCCUCUUCUCUCCUCAAAGGAAAGGGAAAUCGACGAUUAUAUUGUACAAGCAAAGGAACGUGGCUAUGAGACUAUGGUGAACUUCGGACGGCAGGGCUUGAAUUUGGCAGCAACUGCUGCCGUCACAGCAGCGGUGAAGAGCCAAGGAGCAAUAACGGAGCGUUUACGCAGUUUCAGCAUGCACGAUUUGACGGCUAUCCAAGGUGACGAGCCUGUGGGACAAAGACCAUACCAGCCUUUACCUGAAGCAAAGAAGAGAAGCAAGCAAGCUGGUGAACCCACAGGUUAUGGAAUUCCACUGAGAGACGGAGGUGAAAAGACAGAUGAAGAAGCAGAAGGGCCAUAUUCUGAUGACGAGAUGGUAACUCAUAAGGGACUCCGCAGAUCCCAGAGCAUGAAGUCCGUGAAGACUGUCAAAGGCCGUAAGGAGGUGCGGUAUGGUUCACUAAAAUAUAAAGUGAAGAAGAGACCACAGGUGUAUUUUUAGAAUCCACACCUCAGAAAUCCCAAGAGAAAUAAUGCUAACAAAUCAACUUCAUUUUCUAACUACACGUAUUCAGGAUUUACACUUUUAUUCAGAUUGUGGCAAUUAUAGGAUUGACGUUCAUGAAUUUAACUAGUGUUCCUUUAACAGUUUACUUAAAUAUUAACUAUAAGAGGCAGUUAUGCAAAGUUUAUUGAUGUGUACAUAGCAAAAGUCACAGACAAUCGUGUUUUCCAAUUUAAAGUUCAUCAGCAGCAUCGAGGAC